CGAUGAAGGAUUGAAACCACGCGACCCCUCUCUUUCUCGUUUCCUCCCCUCCAGCCCCACGCCCCUCCCCUGCUUCUCCGCCGCCGCCGCCGCCGCCGCGGAUGAGAUGUGCGCUGGCGCUGGCGCUGCUCGACCUCCUCCCCUACCCCUGGUCGGCUCCUACCCCCUCCAGCACAUCUGGACCGGCGGACAAGGAGGCGCGACAGCAGCGCCGCCAGGAGGUCGGCGGCGAGGGUGUAGCCGGCGAAAAGAGGUACCAGAUCACGAGCACCAACAAGCACCUCAUCAUAGGGCGUGGGAUGGUCGACGGCGACGCCUCGCGGUGGGCCACCUUCGGCGAGCGCAAUGGCGGACUAGUGAGGGAGGCGCAAGAGCUCGUCGUGCUCUGCGAGGCGGAAGUCGACAUCCUCGUCUUUGACAGCGCCGGCAGGCAGUUGGACUACUGCAGCCCCCACACAAGCUACAUGGAAUUAGAUACUGCAAAGAGGAUUUCCGUUGAGGGCCUGGAAAGGUUCAGGGAAGUGAAAUAUUAUCUCAUUCUCAUUAUUGUCGACACGAGUGGGCGCCAUAACCAGAAGGCUGCACUUUUUGAGGAAAUGCGUCAAGUUGCAGAAGCUCGUAGUCUUGCAUUGUUAUUGUUAUCCUCUUUUAUUGAGAUUUUCGCCGACCUUAUGGUUUUUCCACAGAAACGAGACCUGAUGAUAUUUGUGAUGGAUGGCAGCAUUGUUCAUGCUGCUUUUGAUUAGGCAUAAGCAUUCAAACAAAGUGCUUCCGUUGGUGCUGUGAUUGUCAUGAAGUUGUAUGGUCAUGCGAAGCGAGGCGGUGCACUGAGCGUCUUAUGAUAGGAGAAGGCCCUUAAAUUUAGAAGUAUGAUGACAACACUCUGAGGUAGAACAAGGAUGUUGGAAGUGAGGUUGUUACAAAUUCUUUUUUUGAUUCUCUUUUGCUUUAGUGCAUGAAAAAAUUGGGAAGCUAUUUGCUGUUUAAAGCUUAAUAAGUUGCAGCCCUUUUAAAUUAUAUAUAUCUUGGCUUGGAUCUGAUCGUACAGGCUUCUUCCUUUUGACGGUGAGUCUAUCAUGUUGGGUUAUGCUAAGGUCACGUUGCACCGGUGCCGAUUGCCCUGUGCAACUAGCGAUGAAAUUACAAAAUAAUGUUAAGUACCAAGAAAGGUUCGUUUUGUUAGCUCCAAGAAAGAGAUGUUAAGAAUAAUUAAGUUCUCAUCUCCGGCAGAAAACUACAGGAUGGUACAAAAAGAUGGGUGAGAGAAUAUGAGCUUGUUGGUUUGUUAAAUUUGUCCCUCAUGUGGACAAUUCAGCAUCUACAUAAUCUUUGAAGGAAAGGGCCCUCCGUAUCUCUCAUAGGGCUGCACAUGUGAACAAUGCAAGAUGUGUUGGACCAGAUUUUGUCAAAUGGGAACAAUUUUAAUUUCAAUGUAUAUCAACUGCAGCCUCUAAAGGAGCUAAACUGGUAUGAUUUCUUUUUUCCUGAAAUUCUUUCAGAAGGUUUGUUAGGAAAUUUAGUGAGCUUGCUUUUGUGCUCAAGUCUGUGCAACCAGGAAACAAUAGUGUACUAAAAAAAUUGUAUUCAUUCUCAUUGCAGACAAUGUACAACAUGUAGAUUUUUAGAAAGGUAUCCUAAAUUCUUUGAGUACUGGUUCAGAAAGACAGUGGUGCAUAGUUUUAACAUAUAUUCUGUCUAUAGUGCACAUAAUAAGAUAAGAAUAAGAUCAUCCAUCAUAUUUAUUUUUGACACCGCCAUGCUUCAGGAUAUAUAUAUGAUUGUGAUAUAUUUGCUUUGUUUUGUACUCCAAAUUUCUCAGUUGCGAGUUCAUUACCAUGAAAAUCUCGGUGAAUUGUAGAUACAUCAGGAUUUAGAUGGUUGUCCCAAUCUUCUCCUCUCGGACCCAUGCUCCUGGAUACAUGAGUUCUGAUGUUUGGACCUCCCAUUAAAGACUUAGGUGAUGUGUUAAGAAAUGCUUUGUCCACAGACCAUAAAACUGAGGAUGUCACCGAAAAUCUCAAGGUUACUGGUAUUAGCGCCAUGGAUUCAGUUGAAUGAAUAAGUCAAGCUUUCUAGCUGCCUGAUAGCAGAGAUCUAAAAUUUUAUCAAGGUAACGUUCUAAUUUGUGCUAUCGCACCUUUAGGAGGUGGGUGAAACCCGAAGAAUCACGGGAUCAGCACCUAAAUUUUUCUGUUGAAACUGCAAAAUUUUAUCUAAGGGCUGAAUGCCUAAAUGUUGAUAUAUGCAUGCUUGUAAAUUUACAUUGUGAACCAUUUUUAUACUGCUACUUUUCUCCCAGAAUUUGUAUCUCUUUUAUCCAAAGUGUCAUAAGGUGCAUUGCACUUGUAGUUUGUUACGUUUGCAUCUGCCAUUGCUUUCAUAUAGUAUAUAUUUUCGCUCUGAUCCGAAGCAUAGCAUCACUUGCAUGCACCUGUACGACACAUAUCGCAUAAAACUAACGAGAAGGGGCGCGUUCCUACCUGGCACCGCCUAGCUAGCUCUCAAGAGGCCCACAAUGGAGGGCGGUGCAUCUGAACCUCUGGUUUAUGCGCUCCGCUAUUGUGGCACCCAGGCAAGACGAAGAGGACCUACAGUGCCGGGUCCACGCAGCAACCUCUUCCUCGCGGCGGCCAGCUGGUCAACACUUCGCGUCACCGACUGGCAAGGCGUGGGCUGGCAGCCGGCGCCGGUGCUGUCUCCAGUGUCCGAUUCGCGCUAACAACAUCAUAGUUUCCUCCCGCGACUCUGUGAGAUGUCUCACCCCAUUGUUAUCUCUGGCUCCUGGCUUCCAAAUUUGAUGCAUUUAUUUGAGGUGAAAUUAGGGUAGUUUAUCUUUACAGAGGAGAGGCCUAACAGGCUUUCGUGUGGAAUUUUGUUCUGCAGGGGCUGCGGGUGUACGAUGCAGACAAAUCAUUACUCUACUGGAGGUGGAUUCUGAAGCAGCACUGCUAGUUCAAGGAUGAGUUUGUGGUACUCGCUGGCAGUUCAGAGGGAUCUAUAAUAAGGUAUCAAUAAAAUUAGUUGCAACACUCCACGAAAUUCACGUUCUUAAGCAUCACCGAAACAGAAACAGAAACAGAAACAUCUAUAGUUUUGUGGUGCCUAGGCUUUUACUAUUGGAAGCAGGGUACUCCAUGUGGUUCUUUUCCCCCAUCUAUGCUUUAUUGAUCUAUAUAAUGGUGUUGGUUCUCCAUUUCCCAAGCUGGUGCUUUUCCCUGCAUCAUUCCUACAGUCACCACUUCUAUCAUGGAAAUGAUUUGUAUUUCAAGAUCAUAUGCCAGUUUGCCCUUAAGAACAAUUAUCCUUUGCUUUUGUACAGGGAAUGUUUAGAUUAUGUCAAGAGGGUUGAUAAACAGGCGGGAACAGAUUUGCAUCUAUGCCCACUCCAAGCAAGUAGUUCUAAUUAGCCUUCAUCAGGUGUUUAUGUUUUCAAAGUAAAAACAUCAGAACAUCUAUUCAAGUUGGGGUUCCUACUUGAUUUAGUUGAGUCUUUU